AUGAAGAUUCUCCUGGUCUUUCUAGGUCUGCUUGGUAAUUCCAUUGCUAUGCCAAUGCGAAUGCCCUGAAUGCCAGGAUUUAGCAGUAAAAGUGAGGAGCUGAUGUAGUAAGGGCAAUUCAAUUUUAUGAACUCCCCACAUAUGGGACAACUGGGUCCCAUGUAUGGAAACAGCAUGCACCUCCCUCAGCUCUUCCCACAGUACCAGAUGCCCAUGUGGCCUCUGCCACCACCCAACACAUGGCACCCACAGAAACCCACAUCUCCCUUUGCACCCAGAUGCCACAGCAAGACUGAUCAGGCCCAAGAAACUCAGAUUCCCAACCAGCCUCAGCCAAAGAAAGGGAGUCAAGGCAGAAAUGACAAUAGCCCAACAAGAAAUAGCGUCCAUGUGCCAAACCCUGGCAGCAAUCCUACAGCUCAAAACAGGGCCAUCCUACCCCCUGAGAUUAAUGUUUCAGGCCAGGGAAUGCCAAGAAUUCAAAACCCUUGGGGAUCAUGUCAGACAAAUAUUUAUGAAAAUUAUCCAAAUCCUAACUCCGAGGGGUUUCCUGCAAGAAGACAAUGGUGUCCCACUGGUACCACCAUGGGACACAGACAGAAUGGGCCUUAUUACCAAAAUCAAGUUCAAAGGGGUCCUUGGUGGAAUUCCUUUGCUCUUUUUUUUUUUUUUAUACACCGCCCCCCCACACCGAGAUGUCCUUCCUUCUCAGUGUCAUUUCCAAGAUCCGAACAUGACACUGUCUGCCACAGUGAAAAAGUCCAAAAUCCAAGGGAGAAGCCAGAAAGUCAAAACGAAAGAAUAGUUUUUCCUGCAAGGGAUAUAACUGGCCCCUGGAAAAACCCUCAAGAUUAUGGAGUUAAUAAAUCAAAUUACAAACUGCCUCACCACCCUGAGGGCAACAGGCCAGUCCCAAGUUUUAAUUUUAUUGAUUAAUGGGAAAACUCCCAUUACCCAAGAGGUGAUUCCAGGACAGUCCCAAUUGAUGGACAAACCCGAAGCCAGUAUUUGCCCAAAGGGAGUGCUUUAGAACCAAGAAGAACCCCAUGUGAAACAGAAACUAAUCAGCCAGAAUUAAAGUACAGUACAUUUCAUCCUGUGUAUCCUGAGGAAAUCCCUUCCCCUGCAAGAGAGCAUUUUCCUGCUGGAAGAAACACUUGGAACUACCAAGAAAUCUCUCCAACUUUUGAGGAAGAUCCUGGCAGGCAGGAAAGACACUUACCUCAGCCUUCCCAUGGCUCAAGAGGAAAUGUUUUCUAUCUUGAAUAUAAUCCCUGUGAUCCCAGGGAAAACUCCCCAUACCUUAGAAGCGAUACAUGGGAUGAGAGAGAUGAUUCUCCCAAUAUGGUUGCUAUGGGGCAACCAGAACAUCCAUUAUACCCCAUGAAUACUCCAGAUCAAAAAGAGACAGCCUUUAAUGAAGAGGACCCAAUUGAUCCCACUGGAGAUGAACCUUUCCCAGGGCAACGUAGAUGAUGGGGGAGGAAGAAUCCAGCUUUAAAGGAGACCCAAAUGCUAGGCACUGUGAAGGCCCAGCAAUAUACCCCAAAUCAACUAAAGGAAUAUUCACCAUUCUUAGAUAAUCCAUCAAAACCCAGGGAGGAUAUUCUUUACAGUGAAUUUUACCCGUAGUGCCCAGAUGAGAAUUUUCCAUCAUAUAAUACAGCUCCCACCAUUGUGGAGAGCAGGGGCUAUUAAGUUAAUAAUGCUGUUGGACAAGAAGAAAGUAUUCUGUUUCCUUCCUGGAAAGCCUGGGACGACAGGACACAAACCCAUGGAUGAAAAGAAAGAUGGCCAUAUUUUAACAGAAAUUUCUGGGAUGAGAUAACAAAUUUACACAAAACCCCACCUAAUUCACCACCUGAAGACAACCAGCACUAUUCCAGUAACUCCCCAGCUGGGCUUCAGAACAAUCAAUGGCAUGAAGGUGAGAAUUGAAACUAUGGCAUGCAAAUUGAUAGGUUAAAUUCAACAGAGGGAGAACAUUUGGCCUUUCCAGACUUAAUUCCUCAAAGUUACCUAACAGGUCAAAAAGAAGCAAAUUUAUUUCAUUUAAGCCCAAGAGGUCCCUGCAGUGGUGCCACAGGGACUAAGGACAAUCCACUUGCUCUACAAGAGUAUAUUCCAUCUUUGUACCAGGGGAGAACCAAGACAUCGCCCCCUGUGUAUUAAAGUAUAUUGUAUACUAAGCAUGCAAGACAUAUCAUCUCCUCGACAGGCAUCCUACUGGGCCAAAGAAACAGCUCAAAGAAGAGACCGCCUGGGGAAAGCCGAAACCAGCCCUUUAGAGAUGACGUGUCGUCUCUGAGGAGGAACACACCAUAUUCUAUAGGUUCUAUAAAGAAUCAACUGGGCCAAAGGGGAAUUUUGCCCUUUCUUGAAGCCAGUUCCCUUCAAUCUAAGAAUACACCUUGUCUCAAAAGUGAUCUUGGAAGAGAUGGGUAUGACGUUCUGGAACAAAUAUUUGAAGGCAGCCAACUCAAUGAAAGAACCGUUGAACUUACUCCUGAGCAGCUUGUCAUCAGUACCCCUGAUGAAAGCCCCAAUCCAGAGGGAAUCCAAAGUGAAGUCCAAGGAAAUGAGGGUGAGAGCCAGGAGCAAAUACCACCUAGCCUCCAAAGGUUACCAUGUUUUGGCUCCCAAGUAGCAAAGCAUCAUUCCUCCAGCACUGCAACUCCAUCUAGAAUGGAAGGCAAGGCCCAUUUGAUAGGGACAAUAAUGCCUACUGAAAAUCCCAGCACAUCUUCUGGGUUAGCUACUGGGGCACAGUUUAAGAGUAGAAAUGUAGACCCACUUAACAAAGGUGAACACACUCCAUCUGAAGCCUUUAAAAGAGAGACCAAUCCAUAG